AUGGCGAAGUUCUCUUCCGAGAAGUCUGAAAAGACUAGCGUCACGGACCCCGAGACCACCGAGAAGCAUAGCACGGAUUCCGACUUACAAGUGUCGCUGGUUAAGGGCCGUAUUGGUCUCAUUGUCUACGUGGUCGUACAGUUCUUUGCCUUCUUCUUUGUGCUGUUUGGUACGCCGAUCGACAUGUUUCGUCUAACCGGUACGUCGAGUUCCCCAAGUGAAGUCGUUGUGACGACACUCUGGGGGUUAAAGAAGGGUGUCUUUACGACAGAUUACGGUCUAAAUGCUUCUCGGCAGUGGAGGUUUUGCCCAAACCGCCUCAAUCGUUUCCGCCUUGCUCAGGCGUUCGCUCUGAUCUCCAUCUUCGUGUACGGUUUGGCGUUCGUGCUGGGCGUCAUUCAGCUGUUCUGCUGUUCUUACCUCCGCUGGGUCUGCCUGGCGCUCAACAUUGUGGGCGCUGCCACCGUGUGCGUUGUCUGGGCGGCCAUGGUGGUGACGUACAACACGAACGACAGCUUCGACUGUCCGGAACAGAAACGCUACCACACUUAUGGUUCUGGUUUUACGCUCUUCGUGUUGGCGUGGAUUCUGGAUAUCCUCAACAUCAUCUCCUUGCUGCUCCCGUUCUAG